AUGGACGCGAUGCGGACAGCUGAGACUCCAGUGCCCUCCGAGCUGACAGAACAGUGGUCUCAGCCGCUCGGCCUCCCCGCCGCCCCGCUCUCGUUCCAGGACCUGUUCUCGCUCGACCCCGAGUUCCUCGCCUUCAUCCCGCAGCCGGUGCGCGCUGUGCUGCUCUUGUUCCCGCAGCGAGGUGCGCUGGCCCAGGCGCGCGAGGAGGAGGAGAAGUCGGGCGAGCACAAGUUUGACGGCGAUGUGUGGUGGGUCAAGCAGACUGUGAAUCUCCAACGCGUGCGGCUCGAUCGGACUCCUGCACGCCCUCCUGAACCUGCCCGAGGGCAGCCUGGAGCCGGGAAGCAAGCUGGUCCAGUUCAAGCAAUGGCCCGCGCCAAGCUUCUCGAGACGAGUCCCUUCUUCGAGUCUGCGCACGAGUCCGCCUCGCAGGGCGGCCAGUCUGCCGUGCCCGAAAACGUGGAUGUCGACACGCACUUCAUCGCCUUCAUCGAGGCCAAGAACAAGGAAGGCGACAACCGCGUCGUCGAGCUCGAUGGUGGCCGUACUGGACCUUUCGACCGCGGACACUGCGAUGACCUUUUAUCUGACGUAGCCAAGAUUGUGAAGGAGAAGUACAUUGACCGCGCCGACGGGGACAUCAACUUUAACAUGAUCGUGCUUGCGGGUCAGGGCGAAUAA